AUGUGGUGUUUAAUUAUUUUUAUUAUUUUUCAUAUUUUAAUGUUCACUGUUUCGUCCAUUGAAACUGACAUUUCAGUUUUAAGAAAAAAGAUAUCAGACCUUGAAAACGAGUUAGCUGUUCAAAAGUCCAUGAAUAAUGAGCUUCGAAAUCUUAUCAACAAGGGAGGAUUAUAUCAUAUUCGACUCCGAAAAGCGGCAAACUGUUCAGUUCAUUAUCGGCCAAUAGUAUUUCAUGCACGCCUGGCAUCUGAUAUUUCCCCGCUAGGUCUCAACCAAAUAAUUACCUACGACACUGUCGUCACCAACGAGGGAAAUACCUACGACACUCUUACGGGAAUGUUCGAGGCUACCACUACAGGCCUAUACCAGUUCCUGGCAACCAUGUGGUCUACUGAUGGUUACAACGUGGAUUUUCAAAUGAUUCUAAAUGGAGCAGAAGUAUGUGCUGGUCGAACAACCACCAACAACCAAUCAAUGGGUGUAUGUUCAGCUAUUCUUCAUGUCUCCGCAGGGGAAAGGGUUUUCGUAAGGCAUAAAGGAACCGCCGGUAAUCACGCCAAAGGCAAUAAUUAUGCAGUUUUUACAGGUCAUUUGAUUAUGUAA